AAGAUUCUCUGAAAUCAGUAGCAACUAGCAACAAUGGAGAAGCCAAAGUUCAAGACUGUCCAAGAGGUGGUUGCAGCCGGCGAAGGACUACCGGAGAGAUAUCUCCAUGAACCAACCGGCGAAGGCGAAAGUCAACCUCUUAACGGUUCGGUGCCGGAGAUGGAUAUUCCGGCCAUCGAUCUCAGUCUUCUCUUCUCUUCUUCUGAAGAUGGUCGAGAAGAGUUGAAGAAACUUCACUCAGCACUCUCUACAUGGGGCGUUGUUCAGGUGAUGAAUCAUGGAAUUACUGAAGCGUUUCUUGACAAGAUUUACAAGCUAACCAAGCAGUUCUUUGCGCUUCCAACCGAAGAGAAACACAAGUGCUCUAGAGAGACAGGUAAUAUCCAAGGAUAUGGAAACGAUAUGAUUCUGUCGGAUAAUCAAGUUCUUGAUUGGAUCGACCGUUUGUUUCUCACUACUUACCCUGAAGAUAAGCGUCAACUUCAGUUCUGGCCUCAAGUCCCGGUCGGAUUCAGUGAAACGUUACAUGAAUACACAAUGAAGCAACGGGUAGUGAUUGAGAAAUUCUUUAAGGCUAUGGCUAGAUCAUUGGAAUUGGAAGAGAAUUGUUUUCUAAAGAUGUAUGGAGAAAAUGCUAUAAUGAAUUCAAGAUUCAACUUCUUUCCUCCAUGUCCAAGGCCAGACAAGGUUAUUGGGAUUAAACCGCACGCUGAUGGCUCGGCUAUCACUCUUCUUUUACCCGACAAAGAUGUCGAAGGGCUUCAGUUUCUCAAAGAUGGGAAGUGGUAUAAAGCUCCAAUAGUUCCUGAUACAAUUCUUAUCAAUCUAGGAGAUCAGAUGGAGAUAAUGAGUAAUGGGAUAUACAAGAGUCCGGUUCAUAGAGUGGUGACGAACAGAGAAAAGGAAAGGAUCUCUGUGGCAACGUUUUGUGUUCCGGGGCCAGACAAAGAGAUUCAGCCUGCGGAUGGGCUUGUGUCCGAGGCAAGACCAAGAUUGUAUAAAACAAUUACCAAGUAUGCGGAGCUCCACUACAAGUACUAUCAACAAGAUUCUCAGGCGAAGAUUUUGUCCACAUUUCCGGUGAUCUUCUCGUAUGGUGCUUCGCCUUCGCCUUCGCCCGAAGUACUCAUGGAGCAGGUCAAGACACAACUCGCUCAAGCUUACGCCGAAGAGUUCAUCGAGACUGUGAGAGUAAAAUGUUUUGAUAAGUGCAUAACGAAGCCAGGAUCAAGCCUCUCCGUUUGACCUCUGUCGUGACGUUUGCCGCCGCUGGUUAUCUCUAUUUGAGUUUUCGUUGUUUUAGCUCUAUCAUUUGCUCGACCAAUCUGUCCAUGUCUUUGUUUAUUCGGCUCCGUGUAGCCUUUGGUAUUUUUCUCCGAGUAGUUAUAAAACUCUUUUAAUUUG